AUGUGUGUGUGUGUGUUUUUAGAGUUUAACAUAGGUUUUCAAGACUCAAGCUUUAAUAACAGAGAGAGAGAGAGAGAGAGAAACCAGGAGGUUGUAACGUUCAUGCUUUAUCCAAGGGCAUUUAGCGACAUAGUGAAAUAAUUCUAUGGCUAUAUCUCUCCUUUCUCCCAUCAAUGUUCUUCAAAAGAAACAGAAAAACUAGGUUGGUUGAUUAUUAAACUAACCCAUUUCAUUGACGAUAAAGAAAAUGAAGCAGCAAUCUUUGUGGUUCGCCAAAGAAAUCUCUUACUCUCUUUUCUGCUAUAUGAUUUUUUUAAAUCUCAUUCUCUCCAUGUUUUUAUCAAGGUUCAAUUUAUUCGAGUAGUUGAUGAUGAUGCUGCUACACCAGUCGUUAAGCAUGGUAACUUCCUAAAACUAUGUGAUUGAUCAUACUGGUGACUAACUUGUAUCCAAUUCUGCCGGAGGAUUUUAAGCCUCUCAAUGGUGACUUCUGAUGAAUCAGAUGGAGAUUUUAGUUUGAAACUGGUUCUGGACUUUAUUCAGCAGCCAUGGCCACUAGUACGUCAUCAGUCUCCGCUGACACAACCAAAGAUAAAAGUGCUAAAAUACUCCAUGGAAUCCUUUCAAAACCAUCGAAGGCUGUUUCUGUCUCAGAUGUUUCCUCUGAAAAUGCAGAAAAGAAAAGGGGACUUCGGAGAAAAUUGGAGAGAAACGUGAAUUCAGUCUAUGCCAAGCGGUCGCUGUCGGAUGCGAAACAAGAAAGUGUCACAAAGAAAUUCAAGAAAACGAAAAGAGACAAAUCUUAUAAUUCCCAAACCUCAAAGAACACACCUUCCCGCAGCACUUCGACAUCCUCCAGGAGGCUCUCAUCUGAGAAGAAGAAUUCCGACAGACAACAUUGGUUGGGUAGCAGAGUCACAGAGAACAACAAAACCGGCAAAAUGCCACCAUCGUCCGCAGAGAACAAACAGGAGAAAUCCAACGAUGACGAAAAGUUCUACUAUUAUUUUGAGACACAAUCAUGUCAUAUCACAGAAGAGAAAGGUACCAAAUUAUAUGGAUGCGAGGUGUGCAAAGGUGUUUACCGUUAUGCUUUCAGUCUGAAGCGCCACUUUCUUCGGAACCAUAUAAACGUUAAGUAUUUAUCGGAGGCUGACAUUUCAAACUGCAUGAUCAAUGUUGCCCAGCAAGACUUGAUUGCUAGGCGUCAUGCGUCGGGCAAGCGCCUGAAGAGCAACUGUGCUGCAGCUGGUAGCCCUCGCGUCUCGAUGCAGGCUAACUUUGUAUCAAAAAGUGUGAGUCAAUCAGAACUGUAUCGGUGCAGCCUUUGCAGCGAACUCUUUGACUAUAAAGAAGAUCUUGUAGAACACACGCAUAACCACAUGACUGCUCCACCGACUGUAGCGCCUAUGGCUCCUGUUAAGGCUCAGCUUGCGUGUGAAAUUUGUGGUAUGAAGUUCACCUACAAACAGAACUUGAUACGGCACCAGGCUGUCCAUUCCGGAAACUUGCCCUUCCAAUGCGAAUAUUGUCAGCGGUCGUUUCCGACUCUAAUCAGCAAGAAGCAACACGUUCGCAUCCACGUACACAACAAGAACAAGAAUAAGGUUGUCGGCACAAGUAGCAACAACAACAACAGCAGCAACAAGAACAAGACCAAUAAGAACAACAGCACGCCUGUCCCCACGUCCACUACUACCACCAUCACUACUACCAUUUCUGUUACCGCUGUUGAUACCACCACCCUUACAAACACUGCUACUACCAUGUCUACAUCUACUACAACUACUACUCCCUGUAGCAGCACCACCACCCCCGCUGCCAGCGUCGCCCCUGUGAAAUCCACCAGCAGCAAUCAGGCCAAAACUACAUCAAGCAACUCUAGCAGCAGCAGCACUAACGACAACAACAACAGCAGUGACGUGGCCACCACCAUCGAGAGCAGUAGUAACAAUAACAGCAGUAGCAGUAGUGGUGGUGGUGGUGGUGGUAGUGGUAGUAGUAGCAGUAAUAGUAGUAGUAGCAGUUCUGGUCACAGUAUUAAAUCAGCGUCUGUCCAAUCUACGUCCAGGACGUCUACGAAAGCGGAACCGGAACCGGUGGUCGACGACCUGCAGUGUCAGAUCUGUGGCAAAGUUUUCUCUUGCUCAUCAUUCCUCAUGAAACACAUUGUGUGUAUGCACAACGGUGCUAUGAAGCGCAAGGCGAACCAGAACCGAAAAGCAGCGAACAAUCAAAAAGAAUCCACUUCCCAAAGCAUAAAACAAGAGCCUGGAACGGAAAGCCAGGCGAACCCUUCCAAAGAAAACAUAACUGCGAAACCCUCAAAACAGACCUCGAAAAAAAAGUGCAAAUUCAAAUACAUCUGCACUGUUUGUAAACGCAAGUUCAGGUCCUACGUGCAGAUGUGCAAACACAGACGUUCUGCUCAUUCUAAGGUCAAUGUCAGUGAUAAAAAUUCUGCGUUUUACGACAUAGAACAAACUGAUUUUGAAAACGAGUUGCUUCCAGGUGACUUUGAGGCCCCGUUCCUUGAACCAAAGGAUGUCGCCGAAAACGUCGCACGGAAUCUUUGUUGUUAUAUCGAUGGCCGUGUCGAUUCCUUCUCGGAUUUUAGUAAAUAUGUAAAAGUCAAAGGCUAUACGUCUUUGUUAGAACAUGAUCCAGAAUAUUUAAAACAAGAGUCAGAUGCUAUUUGGUCUGAAUAUAAUUUCCCUUCCUCUUUCAAGACUGAAAAUGAAAUUUGCAUAUGUACAAAAAGUGAAGAAUCGCCUUCUCUAAAGCAUUUAAAUUCUCAGGAAUGUUCUCCGAAAACCUCAGUGGAAAAUCCAAACGAAUCAACUUGCGAAUCAACUUGCCAGUUGGGUUCUCAUUCUUCAAAUAAUCCGGAGGCUGAUUCAAAUCUGACGGACAAUAGCUCACCCUGUGAUCAACAAACAUUGACUUUAGCUACUCCUACCACAUCGUUACCUGUUACAAAUGUCGUUAAAAACCACUUCUUGUCCCAUUGUGGCCUUGAUCUUGUGAAUAAUGCACCCAGUUUGCAUCCAGUAAAUGAGGGGACAGCAAAUACUGAGAAUAUCUGUGAUAAUCCUAUCUACCCUCCUCUUUCUUCAGCCUCAGUUCCGUGUCUUGAUUCUAGUUGUAAGUCAGAAGUUUGUCCAGGAUUUCUAGCAACAUGUGAUGCUUCCCAGAACCCUGUACCAGUAAUUACUACGUCUGUUCCUACAUUGAGUCCUCCCACUUUUUCUUGUUCUUCUGCCAUACCAGAACCAUCACUUUCAAAAGAAGAUACAGAAAAACAAACCGUUUCAUCAGGAGACCUUUCCAAUGAUGGCAGCAAUAAUAGCCAUGCUGGUGUACAAGAAACACAAGAGUUUGUUUUAGAUUCGGUUCCAAAACAGGUUCAUUUUCCAAGUGCCUCUGUAGUACAUAAAUAUCCUACAUGUCCCAACACAUUGUGCCACACGGCUUCCUCAAAUCAGGAUGUUACAAAUCCAGACUCAUUGAAGACAUGUGGUGCAAAUUCUAAUGAAGUCUAUGCAACUGUUCUGCCAGAAGAUGAGGGGCCUUGUCUUCAGUCAACCUCAAAGAACGAUGACAAGAAGCCAAAUGGAUUACAACAGCAAUCGUGUCUGCAUAAUUGCAGCCAGUCUUCCACCCUGCUUAAGAAUUCUGAAGUGGGUAAGGUUUCCGUAGUGACACCUGCCUUUGACAGCGAAGCAACCAAAGUUAACCGAGUCCUUAAAUGUGGCCAGAAAGAUGUCCUCUUUAGUGGACCACACAUGAUGACCGCCCACAUUCACGAGAGGGGUCAUCUGGUUUUGGAGUUUGGUAACGAAAAUGAAAUAUCAAAAGUUAAAAGCAGUUCCAAUGUUCGCCAUGAAGAGCCACAGAAAGCAUUUUCUUUGAAAUCUUCGAGUUCUGUUAAAAAAUCUAAAAAGAACCAAAAUCUUUUAGAUUUCAGUAUCCAGCAUAUCGUUAAGAGUCGUGUUGAAGAUUAUAAGAAGUUUAUGUUAGAAAAUCAUAUGUGGCCUAUUGAAGUUAGCAGUGCCGGCCAAGUAGAAAACGGUGAAAACAAAGAUUCUAACUUUAUUAAUUAUCCCAAAUAUGACAUUCCUACUAGAUUAGAGAAAGUAAUUGACAAAAACUACAGUGAUUCCGAAAAAAUUUCCACCUUUAUUAAAAGUGGUCUUCUGCCUUGUGAAAACAUGAAGGACUUAGAGAAUUGUUUCCGUGGCGUCUGCUUUCAGAGCUGGAACUGUGAAGUACUCAAUUAUGAAAAGAUUGCUUUUGGUAAGCAAGGAAUUGUGAAUUUGAUCUGUUCAGUGUGCCACAAACAUUUUUUAGAUUUGGAUUCUUUGCUGCGACACCAACUGCAUCGGCAUCCCAGUAUUGAGUGCAACUUUCUGGAAGUAGAACUUGGCCAGAGCAUAGUCGCCUUGCACUACCCAACUCCUAACAUCAAAGGCGUCCUUUGUUCUCCAAAUAUUGACCUUAGUGCCUCCAAAACCUUAGAGACCUACAAAUGCUCCAAAUGUCGUAAUCUGUUUCCGACUGUCUCUCGUCUCCAUUCACAUAUAAUACGUUGUGCUUCUAAUCUAGACACUAUGCUUUCUACCACUAGUUCUAAAAUGGGCAAAAGGAAGUACAAGAAGCGCUUAAAGAAACGGCUCCGCGAUGUGUUGAAUGGUUCUAAUACUUUUAAAUUCCGAUUGAAAGACUUUGCUGGAUAUGAUCCAACUAUGUUCCGAGAAAAUAAUACAACGCGAAGGAGGUUGGCCGACUGCGAGAACAGUAAGGUCACUUAUAUUGAUGAUGACCCAGACAAAAACCGUAAACGUCGUGGCCCUGACUUGUCUUAUGACCCUAAAAAUCAUGUUAGGCGAAGAGAAUCAGUUGAGGUGAUUGAAACACAUCAGUGCCGGGGUUGUAACAUAAAGUUCAAGUCUCUGCCCUCACUUGAGAGACAUGCCCCCAAUUGUUCGCAUAAGGACAAACUUCAAAGCCUCAAAGUACUUGAAGGUACUGCCCCUGCUCCCCCAGUAAAAUCAAAACCCCAACAUAAAUGUCACUACUGCAGCAAGCUGUUCACUUAUCCGAAAAGCCUUUGUAAUCAUUAUGUAAAUUUAUGUUCAGCUCGGAACCAACGACAGAAAAAAGGAAAUCUUUCUAUGGAGGAUCUUCAGAAAGAAGCAGCCAUUGCAAGAUUGGUACAGCAAGAGGAAAAAGAGAAAGUGUCAGAGGUUCAAAUCCCUGCUGAGAAUAAGCCAAAUGAAACAGAACAAAACCCUGAUUGUAAAGGUGUAAAAAGAAAAUUGUACAAGAAAAAUUAUUCUUGGACUUCGAUAAAAAAGAAAAAGAAUGAAAACUCUGAAAAGGCGAGCAGUGAUGUUGAAAAUGAUGAGGAUGAUGAUGAAGAGGAAGAAGAAGAUGAUGAAGAAGAAGAAGAGGAGGAGGAGGAGGAGUUGGAGGAAGGAGAGUAUGCCCUUGAAUAUGACAAUGAUGAUGCUUCGGAAGAGAAGGCGGAUUGGUUGGCAUUUAAGGGCGAAGUCAAAGAGGAGACUAAAUCAUCAUUGCAUAAUGAUGACGAGGUUCCCGAAGGCAAUGUUUGCAGAACGAAAUCUAAGUCUUCUGAUGCUUGCCUAGAGGAACUCUUAGUGGAGAAGGAACCGUUGUUACAUUCAAAGACCGUUGAAGAAAGUUCACAAAGUGCUCUCAGCAAACAAUUGCGGAAUUCAAAUGUUGUAGAGAAACCAUGCAAUGUUACAAACAGCGAAAUAAAAUUGUCGACAAAUAGCGUAGCAUGUAAAACCGAGACAUCUUAUGAGCACCAAGGUGCUUACAAGAAUAUCUUGGAGUCUGAACUGUAUAAGCAGCUGACUAAACAAACCAUGUUUGGCAGUGCUGCAGACAGUUCAAAUGCAGACGUAAAGCAGGAACCAAGGGACGUGGAAUUAACGAAAGCUUCAGUGACCGACGCCCAACCUUCUGUGUUUGAAGACCAACUGAAUGAAGAGACUUCAAAAUCAGAAACGCAACUUGAUGGUGGAAUCGAUAGUCAGGCUUCGACAGAUAAUGUUGCGACUGAAAGAUCAGAAGUUGUUGAAGAAAUCCAAACAGGUGCAAUUUGUGAUCAGGAAGAGGUGAAACCGAAUUCUUUGGUGGCGCAGCUACCUGAUGAAACAGCUAAGAAAACAUCAGAAGAUGAUGGCCAGGAUGUAAAACUACCAGAAAAUGACGCAGGAGACACAGACAAUCAACACCAUUCUCUGCCUGAAGAAUCUCCAGAAGAUGCAGAGAAGGAAUUUGGUGAUGAAAGCAACAGAGCAAUACAGUGCCAUGUUAGUGAUUCACUUCCCAAAGACACAACAGAUGGAGUACCACAAACAGCAUCAGAAUAUCCUCUUGCAGAUGAUGCUGGUGCCUCCAAUGCAUCUUAUGUUUUAAUGCCAAGUGAGUUUCUUUCUGGACAGCCCACAGAUGGAAAUAAUGGAGAAACAUUAUCUUUAUCCGGCGGCACCGAUGUUGCAGCAGCAGAAACAAAUACAAGCAUUGUAAACGUUGAGGCUGAAGGUGCCAAAGAAGCGGCAGAUGUCCCUCUCUUACAGUUGUGUACUGAUGGUUCUACAAUGGUUUUGUGGCCAGUUGGGAUGGAAGGACUACCAAGCAGAUUUAAGCCAGUUGAUAACACAUUAGGUGUGACCAUCCCUGGACUUCAGGUGAACCUCACAAACAGCAGUGACUUGGUCAGUUCAACGCCAGUUUGUGAGAAAACAGAUCCUGAAAACAGUGUCUCUUCUGGUAUUGAACCGCUACCCAAAGAAGUAGAAAGUCCAGCUACAGCAAAUGAGUCUAAUCUAAGUUUGGUUAUUGAUGACGAGGCUAAAAUGCAGGACAGUUGUACAGAGGGACCGAGUGAAACAAUUAAAUACCUUCUGACUCACCCAGCAGGACAAGAUGCAGAAGGUUGCCAGUCUCCAUCUGUGGACAAGUUAGUAACAAGUGAUAGUGAUUUGUCAAAAAUAGAAAUUGCGAGGGAGCCUGCUGAGAAGCACAUCAUGCACAGCAUUUUAAACAAGCCACCCUUGGCAGCCCCUACUGCCGCGUGGGAUAUGCUGAGAAAUCCUACUUUGGCAGGACCCGUUGUUAAUACUUCUUUAAUUCCAGUUCCUUCAGAUAACUCUGAAGGAAGUAUGUCAGCUUCAUGUGAAUGUGACCCUGUUCUAAAUCAGUCAUCUUCUACAAAUGUCGAAGUGAGUUGUGGAUCUGAAAACAUCAGCUUAAAAACAUCUCAACCGAUUUCUGAUACAACUGAUGACACAAGUACAAAUGAUGAAUUGAAGGAGAGUUCAUCUUACUGUGACAGUGAGACGCCCUUACUGAAAGCUACGGGGAAUUCUAUCUCUAAAGAACUUGAUUCCACGACUCCUAAAGAAAUGCAAUGUACUGGAUGUGAUAUGAAACAUGAUAUGGCUAUUUCAUGUCCAUCUGCAGCUCCAUGUUCAGUGAGCGACACAUUCGUUUCGACUGCCGAAGAUUCUCAUAACAAUGUUUCAAAUGAUUAUCAAGAACCAGUGUCUGUGACAUCCGAAUCAUUGAAAAAUGUUUCUCAACCUGAUUCCGAAACAGAGACAGAUGGUCCUACAUGUGAAGUGACAUCUUUGUUGGCUGAUGCAACUGGUUCUGAGACUGAGACACUUGCUGCAGAUGACUGCAACUUGAACACUUCACCAAACAACAUUUCUACUGAGGAGUGCAUUGUGGAAAAAAGCAGCAUUUUUGAAGAAAUUACUGAGAGCGAUAAAACUAUGAUGAUUGAGGAGAGUUUGUCUGGUACCGAGGUCUCUGUGUUGAAUGAACCAAUAGUAGCUAUCUCUAAAAACCAAGUGCAAGAGGAUGGCCCUCAUGUCACCUACACAGACAACGUAACAGAAGAACCUGUGGCCCAAGAAGCGGUCAGUGAACACUCGCAAGUGGAUGUUUGUAACCUUAAUGUUGUUUAUACACCUUUACCAGAGUUCUGUGAAGUAAAUGUGACUCUGGUACCAGCAGUGUCGUAUGAUAUUGGUGAGAACGAACAUAGUAUUGUAUCAGUAGUUGAAGAUGCUCCUAUGAACGAGACGGUGACAACAUCCGUGUCGGUGAUGGGAGAUGAAUCUAAAAGUGAGAUGUUGGAAGCUGUGUCUGUGCCAGUGGUGGGCAACGAGUCCGAAAUUGGGACACUAGAAGUUGUAGAUGGUCAGUCUGAAAAUGGAGUGGUGGACAGUGUGGACGGUGAAGUUGACCAGGCAUUAGAAACUUCUUCAACAGUGGACAGUGAGCCUGAAAGUGAGACACUUGACACUGCAUCACUUGUCAACAGUAAUUUUGAAAAUGAGACAGAGCACGCUGCAGAAGUAAGAGACAGUAUCUCUGAUGAUGAAAUGGUGGAGACAACCUCAGCAGGAGAUGACGAACCUGAAAAUGAGGCAGUUGUAACUGCUUCAAUAAUAGACUUGAAAGCCGAAUGUGAGACGGAAGAGGUGCCUGUUGAAGUUGGCUGCCCUGUGAAUGAAAUAGUGUCACCAGUUGAUGCAGAAAUAGAGAAUGUCCCUAUAAAUGAGACGGUGGAGAUUGUAUCAGUUGGAGACAACCUGUAUGAAGGCGAAACGGUGGAAACAACAUCGGCAACAGGAAGCGAAUUUGAACAUGAAACAACUGCACAAGCUGUGCUGGUGGACUUGUCCGAAAAUGAAACCCCAGUUGAGGCCAAAUCGGCAGCAAACAUCAUCUGUGACAGUGGAAUGGUAACUAACGUGUCUACAGCGAUGCACGAUAUUGCAAUUGAGGGUCAGGUAACAGUACCUGGUUUGUCAAUUUUGAGUGACACCUUUGAAAAUGAGGUAGCUGUGGUUGAAGUGGCUGUGGGCCAUGAAGGUGAAGAAGAAGAAGAAUCAUCUGUCAGUGCACCUGUGAAAAGCCCUGAACCUGUAGUUGAAACGAAGCUGGUUACACCAGGAAUGAGCAGCACAUGGGAAAAUGCGGUGCAGACGACAGAAUCAGUAUCAAAGAGCAGUAUUUCAGCAACAGGUAAUUUACCUGAAAGCGAGACAGGUGUAAAUGUGUCGGCAACAAACAACACAUUGAGAAAUGAGAUGUCAGCACUCGAGUGCGAAACAGAUGAGGCAUCUGAAAAAGAAACAGUACCUGGAUUGAUAUCUGCAAGUGCUGAUGGUAUUGCAUUUGAAGAUGAUAAAUCACAGUCAGGUACACCUGUCGUUAGUUUAAGAGAUGGGGUGACUAACAAAGUGUCACCUGGUUAUAUAGUAAUGGAGGAAAAUUCUUCACAGGCAAGCUGUUCUGUUUAUGACAGUAAUUUUGUACCUGUCGUCACGGAAACAGAUACGUCAUCUAAUAUCGUUGUGACUUUGUCUGAUGUGAGCUGUGGAGGACCUUCACAAAUGGAAAUGGCAACACUACCUGAAACAUGCGUUACCCUACCAAAUCCUGACCAAAGUGUUUCAUUAUUGGACAGUGCUGCUGCUCCUCAAAUCAAAACGGUCAUGACAGAAACGACAAGCAGUGUGUCCGGUCAUGGGGAAAAUGUAUCUGUAAGGGAUACACACUUGCGCCAAGAGGAAACGGCUGCGUUUGUAAUGACCAAUAAGGCAGCAAGUGCAUCGCUCAUUCCUGUGUGUAGUGCACCAGACGACAAAACAUCGGUACUUCAUGUAGUGAGCAGUGGCGAUAUACAUGGAGUAGGUGAGUUCUCACCUGCUGAAACUGUAAUAUGUGAUAUACCUGGUAAGGAAUCGACCUCGGUGUCAGUAAUAUAUAGUGCUUCACUUGAAAAGAAUUCUGCUCCUGUGGUAUUUAGCAGCUGUUCUGGAAAGGUAACACCAGCCGUAUCAUCAGUGUACAGUACUGUACUCUUAAAUGACAAUGCAGCAACAAGUUUACCUGUGACGUGUGGAAAAGUAAUACCAACCGUACCUGUGGUGUGUAACAUUGUAUCUGAGAAAGAAGCCGCUGUUGUACCUGUGGUGUAUAACUCUCUGUGUGGAAUGGAACCUACAAACAUAUCUGUGAUAGAUAGCAACAUGUCUGGGGAACAGAUGUCUGCUGUAGCUGGGGGGUGCAGUAAUGCACCCGUAAAGGUGAGAGCAACGUCAGCAUCAGGGAUGUAUGGCAGCGUACCUGGUGAAAAGACGGUGCUUGGUAGCACAGCCAUACUUUCAUCAGAUAGCCAUGUAGCUGAAACGAUAUCGUCCUUGCCUGUUGCAUGUAGUGCUUUACCUGCGAAUUUACUGCUCGCACCUCAACCAUCUGUUACAUCUGGCAUUGUGUCGGGAACAGCAACAGUUACGACUUUAACAUGUAGCGGUGCACUGCCAAAGAAAACGGGACUUUUGUUACAGACAUGUAGCACGAUAGCGUCAGACAAAUCUGCAUCACUAACAUGUAACAGAGUCGUACAAAGUACAGCGCCAUUUAUAUCAUCUACGGUUAGCAGUGGGGUGCUCGGUACAGUACACAUACCUCUGACAUAUAAUGAUGUAGAAACAUCAACAUGUAGCAGUUCAAUGGUGUCUGAAGUGAUGGAUUCCUCAUCGCUCACAUGUGGCACAAUAGAAUCUGAGAAGAGACCAACACCAGAAACUCUGAGAAACGAUCGCAUGACAUCUGCAUGUCUAACAUGUUGCAGCCAAGGACCAGAAGAGGCAGCACAUAUACCACUAACAUGUAGUGAUGUAGUACUUGAGGAUACAAUGCUUGCAUCACAGACAUGUGGCAAUGCAGUACCAGUGGAGACAGCAGCUACAUUACUGGCAUGUAGCAAUGUAGUGUCGAAGGAGGUGGCACCUGCACCACAGACAUGUAGCAGUGUAAUACCAGAGAGGACAGUCCCUACAUUAUUAACAGGUAGCAAUAUCGUACAAGAGGAAACAGCACCUGCACAAUUGACAUGUAGCAGUGCAGUACCAGAGGACACAGCUACAUUACUGGCAUAUAGUGAUGUAGUAUCAGAAACAGUGUCUACACCACAAACAUGUGGCACUGUAGUACUAGAGGAGACAGUACCUAUAACACUGACAUGUAGCAAAGCGACACCAGAGGAAACCAAGCCCCUGCAUUUGACAUGUGGCAAUGUCCCAGGACUUGAUAUUUUAGCGCUGUCAGUUACAAACAAUUUUGUUCCUGAGACUGAAAACCCAGCUCCAUUGGUUGAGGAUGGUAUAUCUUCCGGGGCCGAUGCGGAAUCGGAAUCUCUUGUGUCUCCAACGGUCAGCAUCCCUAUUGGGAACCCACAUACUGAAGGCCUUAUGUCUGUGCUGUCAAAAUGUUACAAUUCUGCUGCCAAUACAAAUAAGUCAAACCAACAUUUGGAUGAAGUGACAGCAAGGUCUGAAAACACCGGUUUUUUUAACCCAGGAGCCUGCAACAAAAGUCUUACCAAGUGCACACCUUCUUCAGAAAAUAAUUUUAGACUUAAAAAUACAUCAAAAAAUUCUAGCUUUGAUUAUUUAACUCAUUCUACUGACACAGAUGGUGGAAGUGCAAAAUGCUGGAAAUAUGAAGCAAGUGUACCUCAAAACAUCCAGAAAAAUCCAAGAAACGAAGCGGGAAAACAACAGCUCGGUGAUCUUAUUUCCUCGUCUGCGAAACAUCUGGGUGAGACGGAAUCUGUGAAAUCCCUUGGUGAGGAUGUUCGGAUCUUGAUGGAGGAGCAAGAGCAGGACUCGGAUUCCGACCCACUUGUGGUAUUGUCGAGAGUCGCAGUAGCCAAAAUCUCUGAGUCAGCAAUGAAAUCGGAAGAGAAUUCGAAGAAAGAGAGUGACUACACUGGUGUGACAACAUUGAAUUUUGAGAGCGAACUUGAGCUGGAAGUAGUACCUGAGGCGAUAAUGGAGGGUGAUAUUCUGUACGAUGAUUUCCCAGGUAGCGUUCCAUUCCAUACGGUCAUCACUCCUGAUGCUAAUGCAACAUUAGAGACUCCACCUGACUGCCGUAAAAUGAUGCAAUAUCUCUCUGACACGUCAAGGACGCUCAAACACUCGUUACCUCCCCUGUCUCCACCUGUUCCCCUCUUAAAUCUCCCGCACAGGUACAAAUCGGAAACGCCUGCUGCUCACUGUUUAUCUUUUGAUAACUUUGAAGAUUCGACACAAGCCAAACACAUCAAAGUAACAGACUCUGUCUCUAAACCUGGUCCAAGCCUUAAUCCUAGCCCUAACUGAACAGAACAAGAGGAUUCAGUCAGACAACUCAAACACCUUUUGUUUGCCAAUGAAGAAAGCAAAAAAAUUCAGAAACUUUUGGCUAAAUUUACACUUUUUUUUUUUCCUUUAAAAUAUUCUUCAAAUUUUCUGCUUUUCCUAAUUAUUAUUCUAUAUCUGUUUUUGAGGAAUAUGGAAACAAUAACCAAGAACAGGCAAAGAAUUCUUAUGAACUAUUUCUAUGAAAUUUCAAAAAUUUGAUUUUGGUAUAAAAAAAAACACAAAAAAAAUAGUUUCUUAUGGAAGGAGGCACAGAGCUCGUUAUUAGAACUCUGGGAUUUUUUCUUAAUUUUAUAAAGUAUGACUCUUUAUAAAUUUAUAUAUAUACAUACUACACACACAUAUAUAUAUAUAUACAUAUAUAUAUAUGUGUGUGUGUAUGU